CUUUUGAGUUCGCUGUUUUGCUGGAGUCUGGUGCAAGUGCAAAUUCGGUUUUUCUUCAAGUACGAAAAGUACCAAGCGUAUUUGUAGUGCGCCAUCAUAAAGCAAUUACAAAAACAAAAACAAAUAGAAAAACAAAAUAAAAAACAAUAUUUAAUUAAAUGACGAGGAUUUACAAAAAUUGUGUGAAAAAUUAAAAGUUAUAAAAUUAACGAAAAUUUCUAGCAGAAUUAAGAAUAAACAAAAAACUCUUUGUUUAUUUCAUAUUUUCUGCAUAAAAUAGCGCAAAACUAAUAGUGCUUGUGUUGUUAUUGUAAAUUGCGGAUUAUUUUGGAUUUUUAAAUUACGCAGCCAUAAUGAAUAAAUUGCUCAUAGUCAGCUGCCUCUUAUUGGCCAUACAAAUCCAACAGUCACACCAACAACACGACUACACGACACCAGUGCCUAUAUUGAAACAGAUCGAUCGCCACAAUGACGAUGGUUCAUAUACGUACGGCUAUGAAGCGGCAGAUAAGAGUUAUAAAAUCGAAACCAAAUAUCCUGGUGGAGAAGUCUUUGGCAAAUACGGGUAUCUAGACGAUCAGGGCAAGUUGCGUGAAAUCGAAUAUGGUGCUAGUAAGCGUGGCUUUGAACCUGCUGGCAGCGACAUUAAUGUGCCACCACCAACGCUCACCAACAACAAUCCCUACCCGCUGGGACCGAACGAAAUCGACGAUGGACAGUAUCGCGAAGAUCCUGCUGUCUACUAUAGGGAUCAAAAGUACAAUCGUCCGCCAGUGGCAGCAAGCAAAUUCAGUUUGAAUAAUUUGAAUCAACCUCAACGAUCGCACUACAAUCCGCCUGCGCCGCAGUACUAUAACCCACCCCCACCACCACCACCACAGCAGCCGCGUUAUCAACAAUUUGGUUUCCAACAUCAACCACCUCAAUAUAGGCAGCCAGCUCCCCCACCACCACCACCGCCACAGCCCCAUUACCAGCCGCACUAUCAGCCACAAUACCAACAUCGCUCAUAUCAGCCACAACCACAGCCUCAGUAUCCAUAUGGCAGUUUGCCACAACACCACCAUCCCGCGCUGAAGAAUCUCGAUAUCUGGAGUGGUUCGUAUAGCAUUGAUUACACGGGACGGCGUAAGUAAGAAGGUCGGAAUGUGUGCCAGAAUGUGGGUGGUUUUGAACUUGCAGAAAGCUGUGAAGGUUUAGUUGAGAGCGUGCGAAGCGGAAUGAGCUGUGGCGAAUGCGGUGAGAUCGUCAACAUAAAGACUUGUACUGAUUUUGUUGAUGACACCAAUCAGUUACUAAGAUUUUUUUUACAUGUAAAUACUUGUAUUUGUAAUUUUCUAAUAACGCCGAUUAGUUAAGGCGAACGAGUCGAAAUAUAUGAAUAUUUAUCUAUACUGUUAUGAAA